AUGAAUUCAAAUAACCAAACUACUCAAGAAUAUUCUGAUUUAUCAAUGUAUCAAACUGAAAAUAGCUCCGCGCCUUUGCAUAAUAAUAAUAACAAUUCUUCCAUUAACAACAAAAUGCGCGACUCUUAUAGCAUUGAUUUAUCUCGUAUUCCUAGCCAUCAGCUUCCACAUCAUUAUAAUAUCCAAUCUUUAAUUCGACAACAGAUUCAGCAACAAGUCCAACAAUCCAUUUAUCAUCAAAAUAAUGUUCAACAACAAUUCAUUGAUACUACAAUUCAACCUACUUCUCAAGUACAUUCAGAUAAUAAUAACGUUUAUAAUGCAGCUUCAAAUUCAGUAUACGGAACUAUUUCUUACAAUAUUUAA